GAGAGAGAGAGACUCUGGAGCUCCAGCUGGUUCUGGUCUCAGUCUGCAGCUUCCAGCUCGACGCUCUGCUUCCUGUCUCCUCUGAGUCCUGAUCAACCUGAAGCUGUCGUCACAGUUCGGAUUUUAAAACACAAACUUUUCUUUGAGUUUAUUUUGGACUGGAUUUUUGGAUUCUUUUUCUCUACUCUAAAGUCGUUCACUGGACAGUUUCCGGUCUGAGGUGGGAUUAUUUUUUGGAGUUUCUACUUGCUGCUGGUGCAGUCUUUGUCUGAAUGCCCCAGGAUUAUCCCCAGGCGGCAGUUCCUCCCCCGGCCUGCAGGGCGGUAGCAGAGAGCGGUGGCCGGCCGCUGGACCAGCGGAGCGUCAGCAUGAGUGAAUUCUGGCACAAGAUGGGCUGCUGCGUGGUGGCAAAACCACCACCGAAGAAGAGGAGGAGGAUUGAUCGCAGUAUGAUCGGAGAGCCGACAAACUUCAUCCACCUCACUCACAUCGGAUCUGGAGAGAUGGCUGAAGGUCUGCAGCCGUCGGGGCCGGUUCAGGAACAGAUGAGGUCUAAAGGCCCGAAUAUGAACGGCAGGAACAGCCUGUUAUAGCCGGAGUGUAUCUGACUGACGUGGACCAGCUGACCUCCUCUCUCCUCCUCUCUCCUCUCUCCUCCUCUC